AACAGAAUAGAUUGUAUUAAUUACGGAGGACAAACAAAGUCAUUACUGCGAGACGCGCAGCUUCUCGCCAAAGGCAACAAGUAGUGAUUGUUUUUGAGAUUAAAAGCUCAUUUUUGACCUUGGAAGCGACAGUUUGCAAAACAUUCUCAUCACACAAGAAUAUUCAGAUUUCACAGAUAUGAAACUGAGCAUUUUGUGUGUUCCAGCUCUGGGUCUCGCUCCUGUGGCGAAGAUGGAAGCGAUGAGCAUUCAGUCCAAGUCCAGUCAGGGGCCGCUGGCGUCCAGGACAGCGCCGCCCAAAUCUCCUGCAGGCAACGAUAAGAGCUUCAACAGAGGACCUCUAAACCGAACAGAAUCUAUUGAAAGAGCGGCUAAGGAAGUGCCAGGAUGCCCCCAGAACUCCAUAGGUCAGCCUCUGCCUCCAGCCCCCAUGCCGAGGAAGGCCUACCCGAAACAGAGGCCGAAGCGAGUGAAAGCCAUCUACAACUGUGUAGCCGACAACCCCGACGAGCUGACCUUCUCCGAGGGCGAGGUGAUCGUGGUGGACGGAGAGGAGGACCAGGAGUGGUGG